AUGUCAAAAGAAAACCACGUAAAUAAUCCAGAUAUCACUGAAGAUACAAGUAGUGUCAUUCGUGAUGAUUCCGAUGCGAUCGCAAAAUCCGAUUCUGAGAGUGCCGCAAAUGUUGUUACCACUUCAUCUACAUCUGUUACAACUUCUUCAAAUGACAUCUCAACCCCUAUCACCUCUACUUCUCAACAAACUCCUCCCAAAGCCCCAAAACAACCUUCUUCACAGAAACCUAUAAGGAAAACAAGGACUUCCAAAGCGGUUAGUACCGCUGAAAAUUCAUCUAAUUCUUCAGUUGAUAAAGUAGAUUCCAUCUCCGCUCCUCCUAUAAAUAUACCAAAUUCUACCGUCCCUGCUUUCGAUAUCUCAUCCGGUCAAUCUGCUAAUAUUUCUCGUCGUCAUUUACCACAAAAAGACGUGACUCAGGCAAACAUUGCUAAUCGUUAUGUCGAGUUCAUUUUAUAUUGCAAUCCUUCCGCUCCAUCUGAUUUAGACGUGACAUCACUUAUUCGUUCUUUUAAUGCUGUACCUAAAUCUGAUGGUAAAACUUUUGAAACUUGGGUCCUUUUCCAACUUGUUUCUAAACAUCAUUCAGGUGAAAUAAAAACUUGGACUAAAUUGGCUCAGCAACUUGGCGUUGAGCGUACAAGCGGAUCAAGUCCUCAAAAAAUUCAACAAUAUGCUGUAAGGCUAAAAGUAUGUCUUUUUAUUUUUCAUUCUUAUUUAUCAUUGGCUUCACAAAAUAUGUAUUCCCCUCCCAAAAAAAAACUGUUUGCUAUCGUAUGUCUUUGA